CCGGCGAGGAGAUGACACGCCUGCCGCCGGCCCCCCCUGCCCGGUGAGCUGGGGUGCGGGAGGCCGGGGCCCCGGGGCGGAGCAGCCGCCAUGGACAAGCUGCCCCCUGCCAUGCGCAAGCGGCUCUACAGCCUGCCCCAGCCCGGUGGGUCCAAGGCGUCGAUCAUGGACGAGGAGGGAGACGUCGACAAGGACACCCGCAGGCGGAGCAUCCGCCUCAAGCCGUUGCCCGCGGCGGGGGGCACCCGGGGAGACGCCGGCCUGGAGCUGGGCGCCAAGAGCAGCACCAACGGGGACUGCCGGCGCUUCCGCGGCAGCCUGUCCUCGCUGGCCAGCCGGCACCUGCACGACGCGGCCGAGGGCACGCGGCUCAUUGGGGGCGAGGGGGAGGUGGCCUCCCCUGGCGAGGAGCAAAGACCCCCGGGUGGCGUGGAGCCCAGGCCCCUGCCGGCCCCCGCCCCGUCCCCCCCGCUGGAGCCACAUGCCCUGCCCGCCUCCAUCAAAGUGGAAGGCGGGGCGGGGGGCGACCAGAUCACCCCGGACGAGGAGCUGCGGCUGGGCCAGGCCGGCUUCAUGCAGCGCCAGUUCGGGGCCAUGCUCCAGCCGGGGGUCAACAAGUUCUCGCUGAGGAUGUUCGGCAGCCAGAAGGCGGUGGAGCGGGAGCAGGAGCGGGUCAAGUCCGCCGGGUUCUGGAUCAUCCACCCCUACAGCGACUUCAGGUUCUACUGGGAUCUGACCAUGCUGCUCCUGAUGGUGGGAAACCUGAUCAUUAUCCCUGUGGGCAUCACUUUCUUCAAGGAUGAGAACACCACCCCGUGGAUCGUUUUCAAUGUGGUCUCAGACACCUUUUUCCUCAUUGACCUAGUUCUCAACUUCCGGACUGGCAUUGUGGUAGAGGAUAACACCGAGAUCAUCCUUGACCCCCAACGAAUUAAGAUGAAGUACCUGAAAAGCUGGUUUGUGGUGGAUUUUAUCUCCUCCAUCCCCGUGGACUACAUCUUCCUGAUUGUGGAGACCCGUAUCGACUCAGAGGUUUACAAGACUGCCCGGGCUCUGCGCAUUGUGCGCUUCACCAAAAUCCUCAGCCUCUUGCGCCUGCUGAGGCUCUCAAGGCUCAUCCGCUACAUCCACCAAUGGGAGGAGAUAUUCCACAUGACCUAUGACCUGGCGAGCGCAGUGGUGCGGAUCGUGAACCUGAUUGGAAUGAUGCUGCUGCUGUGUCACUGGGAUGGCUGCCUUCAGUUCCUGGUGCCCAUGCUGCAGGACUUCCCUGAAGACUGCUGGGUGUCCCUCAACCGCAUGGUGAAUGACUCCUGGGGGAAGCAGUAUUCCUAUGCACUGUUCAAGGCGAUGAGUCACAUGCUCUGCAUUGGCUAUGGGCAGCAGGCUCCCGUUGGCAUGUCAGAUGUGUGGCUCACUAUGCUGAGCAUGAUCGUUGGUGCCACCUGCUAUGCCAUGUUCAUCGGCCAUGCCACAGCCCUCAUCCAGUCUCUGGACUCCUCACGGCGGCAGUACCAGGAGAAGUACAAACAAGUGGAGCAGUACAUGUCCUUCCACAAGCUCCCCGCCGACAUGCGCCAGCGGAUCCAUGACUACUACGAGCACCGCUACCAGGGCAAGAUGUUUGAUGAGGAUAGCAUCCUGGGAGAACUGAGCGAGCCCCUGCGUGAGGAAAUCAUAAACUUCAACUGCCGGAAGCUGGUGGCAUCCAUGCCGCUGUUUGCCAAUGCUGAUCCCAACUUUGUAACAUCCAUGCUGACCAAACUGCGAUUUGAGGUGUUCCAGCCGGGGGAUUACAUCAUCCGGGAGGGCACCAUUGGCAAGAAAAUGUAUUUCAUCCAGCAUGGGGUGGUGAGCGUGCUCACCAAAGGCAACAAGGAGACUAAACUGGCAGAUGGCUCCUACUUUGGAGAAAUCUGCCUGUUGACUCGUGGCCGGCGCACAGCAAGCGUGCGAGCUGACACCUACUGCCGCCUCUACUCCCUCUCGGUGGACAACUUCAACGAGGUAUUGGAAGAGUAUCCCAUGAUGAGAAGGGCUUUUGAAACGGUGGCGCUGGACAGGUUGGAUAGAAUUGGUAAGAAAAAUUCCAUUCUGCUGCAUAAAGUCCAGCACGACCUCAACUCUGGUGUCUUCAACUACCAGGAGAACGAGAUCAUCCAGCAGAUUGUGCAGCAUGACAGAGAGAUGGCACACUGUGCUCACAAUGUCCAGGCUGCGGCCGCCGCAGCUGCAGCUGCAGCUUCCACACCAACCCCUGUUAUCUGGACUCCACUGAUCCAGGCACCCUUGCAAGCUGCAGCUGCCACCACUUCAGUAGCAAUAGCUCUGACCCACCACCCACGCCUCCCGACGGCUAUAUUCCGUCCUCCAUUGUCUGUCUUGGGUUCCUUGGGGCAGCCGUCCAGCCAGACACCAAGACAACUGAAAAGGCUUCAGUCCAUUAUACCAUCCGCUGGUCCUUCUGCUGUAGGUUCUCCAUCCAGCACGCCGUCCCAGCUGCACACUCCAGGAGCUGAAACCCCCUCAUCAUCUUCCUUCCAAAUCCAGCAGCUGGCAGGAUUCACAGCCUCUGCUGGCUUGGGCCAGUUCCAUCAGGCCUCGGUUGGAUCUCCUUCCCCUGGCUCAAGCCAACAGUGCUUGGGUGGCACAUCAUCAGCGGGAUUGAACCAGUUUCAACAGGCACCUUCAGGGUCUCCUUUAGGGACAGCUCAGCAGCAGUCACUUUCCAGCAACACUCCACCUAGUGGGUUUGGCCACUUUCAGCAGGCCACCACUAGCUCUCCAUCUACUUCCUUCACCCAGCUCUCGUCAAACUCACCUAGCAAUCUUCUCAACGAAUUCCAGCCCACCAUCCCCAGGCCACCACAGGUGGGACAGUUACAGCCAUUCAUGGGAAGUGGAACUUUGGGAGGAAUGAACCACUUUCAACCUCCUCCUUCCUCCAGUUCUCCAUCCUCUAGCUUAAGCCAGCUGGCACAAGCCUCUGGAGGCUCCCUUUCAGCGCUGUGCCAAAUCCAACCAAGUGCAUUAGGCUCUGCAACUGGGACGCUAGGCCACCAGGAAAGGUCACCUUUUGCCUCUAUGUCUCCACUGCAGCAGCCUGGUGUAGCUUCCCCUUGUUACACCCCUUCUGGCCUUAGUCCUCCUAGUAAGAGCCCUGUGGCCGCAAGAACUUUCCAGUGUGGCCCUGCCAGGGCCUCCGGCUCUCAUGGAUCUUUGCUCAUGCCUCAGACCUCCAGCCUGCCUCCGCUGGUCCUUCAACCCAAGAGCUCUCCACAUUUGCCACCAAGACGCCUGAGCCAGGACAUCAAGUUGAUUUCUGCUUCCCAGCCAUCUUUGCCCCAAGAAUUGGCUCAGACUCUGAGCCAAAGCUCUCCUCUUUCCUCUAGAGAGUCUGUUCUGAGCGUCUUUCCUUUCUCUGGGGGAGGGUCUGGACUUCUUGGGAAGCCGUGUAGCUCUAUUCCUGGGCGCAUGACUUUGCCGCGUCAGAUGUCCUCAGGUUCUCUGCCACACCCACUAGUGUUUGGAGCCAGUGCUGUCAUUGCUCCCUCCCUGACUGCUGGUGGGAGGAAAGAAUCUGUUGUGCUCCCUGAGGAGCUAGAACCUGUCAGAUCCAAACUGCCCUCCAAUUUGUGAAGACCUCUUCUCAAAGCAGUUUCUGUCACUCAUGCAAUUCAGUUCCUGAUCAGACUUUCACAAGUCAUUGCUUUCCUUUUUCUCUCUUUAUUUGCCUUUCUUUCUUUAGGUUUGACUGUGAUUAGCGAUAAACAAAAAGAAGAUAACCAGGUAUUCUUAGAGCUAUAGAUUUUUGGUCACUUGAUUUUAUAGAAUAUUUUAAUACAUGGAGCAAAAGAAAAUGAGGAAAUUUAAUCCACUGAGGUAACACACAGAUACAAUGUGUGCCUGAGCUGGAACUUGUGAAUGAUCAGCCAUAGAGCCACCAAAAGGUUUUCCUGUUGAGACGCAGAUCCCAGGUUGACAUGAGCAGGUCCAUAGCUGGUGUAUUUUGGAACAGCUCCAUUUGAAGAGCUGUGUUGAUUUGCAGCUGCUGGAGAUCUGGCCUUUAGUGUCUAGGUUUGGAGGUCCUGAGCAGUUUGCUGUGCACAUCGGAAGGUUCUGAUUCCCCCAUGGUUUUCUCGUGUCCUGAGUGGAUUGCAGAGGAAGUGGCAGAGGGUCAGUAUUGCGAAUGCAGUUCCCCGUAGGGAUUAGAAUCACAAGGGCAAGCGGUUUGCUUUUCCCUUUCUUGGACUCCUUCUGGACAAGGUGAAGCACCUGGUGACCUGGCUAUGGAAGGACCUCUCUUCCUCAGCAUUGCAGGCUCCAGCUUCUGAUUUCUUCCCAUCCCACAGAUGUGUUAGUGGGAAAAAAAGCCAGUCACAGGUCCAUCAUGGUAGGGCAGGGCUAUGUCCCAUCUGUAUUGCUAAAGUGUUUGGGGUCAGGGGAGGUGCGAGUCUCAUCUCACUGGUCACUGUUGUACUUUACCAGCUGACCAGCAGCAUGGCUGCUGCCUCACAACUAGAAUCAUGCUCAGGGGCCUGUUGCUGAUUUUGCAUUCCAGCUGAAGGAAGUCAAAGCAAGUAGUGGGAAGAGAAUGGUUCAUUCGCCUCCCCUCCUUCAGUGUUAGCAUCUCAGCUUCUGGGGACCUCUGCUUUGAACCACAAGAGAACAGGGUAAAAUUAUGUUGAAAGGUAGAGUCCAGCUAGUUUCCAUCCUGCCAUUCCUGUGUUCAGGGAAGCCCCAUGGUGUGGUACAGAGUGUCACCCUGGUACUCUGCCGGAGCCUGAGGGAGUCACCUGAUUUGCAUCUAAAUUAAUAUCAUGUAAAAUAUGUGUAUUAAAUGCUGCCAGCCGUGGCCUGUGCUUCUCCUCUGCCAGAGGAACAGAAAUCAUUUGCUUGACUUCACCAACAAUAAUAACCUGCAGUUGAUUGGCUGUGGCUCCACUCUGCAAUGACAGCACCAUCAGACAUUGUCGGAUCCUGUGGGCCCUUGGGCUACAUCUUGGGUUCCUGAUGUAAGGCAAUCCAAGCAGGGACAGGACAAUAACUAGAAUCCUGGAGAGGUUUCAGCCAUUGGAUGUGCACAGCGCUGAGAUGCUGCAGCCUUUAUCUCUAGAGCAAAUAUUUCCUCUUGCUUUGCUUGUCUUUUUCUUAGACUAACAGGUGUCUCUGGUCACCUCACUGUAAAAGAGCCGAGCGCUCACCUUUUUUCUAUCACAGGGUCCCGUGUGCCCCUUCUUCCUCUGCCCUCUAAUAUCGAUUCCUUCCAGUGCUCCCACGAAAGCAGGCCUUCCUGCCACAGUGCCAGAACAACAGUAACAAUCAGAGUAAUAGCAAUCCUCCUGUCCUUCCCCAGCCCCCUAAAAAACUGGCUGGCUGCUGGUUUUAUACCAAAUUGUUUGCAAAACUCUGACACAGGCCUGUAUCUCCAAAAAUUGCUGCAAGUGUAACUGGGCACUCUUGGUUCAAGGUGCUUUGGUGGCUCACAAUUAAGAUGUACUCAGCUUUGGUCUUCCUUAAAGGGUCAAGGUUAUGCUAGAAAUUUUUUUCUACUAACUAAAUACAGCUAUAUGUGUGUGUGUAUAUAUAAGUGUAUAUGUCUGUAGAUACAAUAUACACUGCUAUACACUUAUAUAAUAUACACAUAUAUAUUCUAGUUUUAAAAUACAUGUUAGUUUUGAUUUUCCUGUAGAGGCAAUUGGCAGGUGACGCCUAUAGAGUAUAUACCUUGCUUUCCAAAACGUAUAUAGGAUCAUCUGACCAGCUUCAGCUAAAGGCCCAUUUGAAACAGAAACCACUGACAGAGGGGGAUACUGACCAACACCCUUCCCCCCCACCCAUGCUCAAGGAUACGAGAUGAUUUUGGGAGACCUUUUAAAAAAAAUUUCCCCUAUUGCCACAUGCUGGACAGACCACACUGAGCGUCUUGAGAGAGUGGGAUCUGAGAAGAUGGCUGGGGUCGGAGAAGGUAAGGAGUGGGUGGGAAAGAUCUCCUACAGACCAACACCACCAAGCCUUUGUGGAUGAACAUGCUUAACUGCUGUGUUGGCACUUGAAUUUCGAAUGAGACCCAUGGAUACUCAGACACACAGAGCUGCACAGACACACCUGCUGGGCUGUCACUGGUGGACUUGUAUUCCUCCCCACAUUUGGUGGACAGACUUCAUUCGGGUGGGUUCCUUUGUUUUGAUUUUCUAGGGGACAUUAUUUGAUUUCUGAUUCUUAGCGGUGCAGUAGCUAAUACUGAGUUACUUUGACUGGACUUCAGUCAACACUAGGCUUGUCACAGUAGUUUUAUUGUGAGGGAGGGAAGAGUUGUAGGGGAAGGGUUUGGAAUA